AUGUUGGCAUCUUCACCCUCGCCUUCAACGGCUGCAUUGCGCUCCCCACUUCCUUCAACAUCGGGGUCACAUUCCCACUAUGAGCCAACUGGCGCUCCACAAUUCAAUAGUCCUCGAUCCUCACGUCUGGCCAUUGACGAACUUCGCUCAGCCUUGAAUCGGCAUACUGUCGAUCCCUCUUCUCCUGAAACUUCAGGGGAUCUUCAACGCAGGCGCGCAUCCACAUCUGAUACUCUGAAGACCCUGGUCCACAAUUCGGCCUUGGCUUCGACACCUCAAUCUACCACAUCUUCUGCUGUGACUGCAACCACUCCGGCGACCGCCACCUCCGCGAACCCACCCCCGACUUCCUCCCCCGCCCCCUCGAUGCCCGCCCCUACCCCGGGGUCCAACAAGCGAAACAGCCAACGCGACCAUCACUCAUCGGAUGCGACGCCGGCGGACCAGGAUGGCGAAGAUUUGGAGAGAUCGCAGUCCAAGCGCCUGCGACCUUCCAAACCAGAUGUCAAAAUGUUGCCCACGCAAUAUGAACUGGCCGACCCCCGUGACAUGGUCGUGCUAAUAUCCAGCAUGCUCAUGGAAUUGAUCCGAUUCAACGAUAAAAUCCCACUACAUCAGGGUCGUCUGACCCGUUUCCACUCGCGCUCUCCGCCCCGAAUCUCCGUGCAAGAUUACCUACAGCGAUUGACAACCCACGCUACUCUCUCUCACCCCUAUCCUCCUCAGCAUGAUCGACUCUGUGCGCUGUACCCCGCCUUCACCGUUUCCAGCCUGACUAUCCAUCGGUUCCUGAUCACCAGUGCCACAGUCGCCAGCAAGGGACUCAGCGACAGUUUUUGGACCAACAAAACGUAUGCUCGAGUUGGUGGAAUCGGAAUGACAGAAUUAGCCAUGCUCGAACUUGAUUUCUUAUUUCGAGUCGAAUGGCGCAUUGUUCCACAGCCGGAAGUCCUAGUGGACUAUUAUCAGAGCCUCGUUGAUCGAUGCGACGGUUUUGAAAUUGAAGGCAUCUGCCAAAAUGGCAGUGCCAAAGCCGGGGUAACCGGCAUUGCUCCAGCAGCUGGUCCUGUUUCUGCAUAA